GUUGGUUCAAGUCUGGGAAAACUAAAGGCUGGUGUGUUUUUGUUCCUCCGUAAUGAUCGUCGGUAAAGUCUAGGCUUCCAUGCCAGGAUCUCUGUGCAUCUUGUCUCUGCUAACAAUACUGUAAAAAUUCAGAUUUAGAUUCACGUUCACACCGUUACACUUAUCUGGGAUCUGGGGGUGGGCGGUGUCCCACAUAUCCGGUGCUCUCUCAUAAGAAAAUCAAGGAUACCCGUGUCGUCUCGGUGAGCGACAAUACUUCGUGUUUAGCGGAAUUUCUCUCAUAUUUAGAAGAGGAGGUGAAACUGUCGCGGACACAUCAGUCUGUCCUCAGAGGUACGAUGAUGAACUGCUGCGGUCUGCUAACUCUGGAGAAGGAACCAGUUCCUCUGAAGAGCAUUGAGGUGGAGCUGGAGGUGAGGGACCAUGUGGCUACAGUGGUCUCCACUCUGAACUAUGAGAACAAGGAGGACAAACCAUUAGAGGCUGUUUUUGUCUUCCCUCUGCCUGGAGAUGCUGCUGUCUGUCAUUUCAGUGCUAAGAUUGGACAGACACAGAUUGUAGCUGAGGUGAAGGAGAAACAGGAGGCUCGUGAGGAGUAUGAUGAUGCUCUGAGCUGCGGUCAGCAGGCCUUCCUAUUGGAGGAGAGUGAGCAGAGUCCAGAUAUAUUCUCUCUGAGUGUGGGCAGUCUGCCUCCAGGAGAGAGCGCCUCCAUCAGGUUGGAGUAUGUCACUGAGCUGGCUGUGCAGGCUGAUGAUGGGCUGAGGUUCUGUCUGCCUGCUGUGCUCAACCCUCGAUACCAACCUCAGGGUAGUGAAGGUGCAGGUGUCCAGGUGACUUCUGUUCCAGCCUCUCUGGUGCCCUACAGUCUGUCUUUCUCUGCCCGAGUGUCCUCUCCUCGUCCAGUCUCUAAAGUAGAGUCCAACUGUUCCCUGGACCCUCUCCAGUACCUCAUCACUGAUCAAACCCAGGCCACGGUCAAGUUGGCUGCAGGACACAAGUUUGACAGAGAUGUUGAACUGCUGAUUUAUUACAAAGAUGCCCACCAGCCCACUGCUGUGGUGGAGGCAGGACAGGCCUCUGCUGAGGCAGGCACUCUGAUGGGUGAUCCAGUGGUGAUGGUGAGCCUGUAUCCCGAGUUCCCCCAGUCUGUGAUGUCUUCAUUGGCUUCAUGUGGAGAGUUUGUGUUCUUAGUGGAUCGAUCUGGAAGUAUGAGCUAUGCUAACGAUUACAGCAAGGAGCAGGAAAGUCGCAUCAGCAGUGCCAGGGAUACUCUGCUGCUCCUGUUGAAGAGUUUACCAAUGGGCUGCUAUUUCAAUAUUUACAGUUUUGGGUUCAGUUAUGAACACAUCUUCCCUAAGAGUGUGGAGUACAGCCAGAAGACCAUGAAGAAGGCUCUGAAGAAAGUUGAGCAGAUGGAGGCUGAUCUGGGUGGAACGGAGAUCCUGCAGCCCCUCAAACAUAUUUACAGCCAGCCCUGCAUUCCCAAUCAGCCUAGACAGCUGUUUGUCUUUACUGAUGGAGAGGUGGGGAACACCAAAGAAGUGAUAGAUCUGGUGAAGGAGAAUUCAGAUUCUCACAGGUGUUUCUCUUUUGGGAUUGGGGAAGGGGCCAGCUCUGCUCUCAUCAAUGGGAUGGCCAAAGAAGGAGGAGGUCACGCUCAGUUCAUCACAGGGACUGACAGGAUGCAACCAAAAGUGAUGCAGUCGCUGCAAUUUGCUCUGCAUCCGACUGUGGUUGACAUCUCAGUCACAUGGGAUUUACCAAAGGAAGUGUCUGUCACUGUCCUCUCUCCACCAAUCACAGCACUUUUCCCAGGCCAGAGGUCACUGAUUUAUGCCCAGCUCACUGAACAGAGCUCAGAGGCAGCAGAGGGCUGUGUGACAGUGAAGUACAGCCUGGCAGGUCAUCCCUCUGAGAACCAGCUGCACUUCAGUCUCAAACCUGCAGCAGACACUGGAUUAACAGUCCACAGGUUGGGUGCUCGGACUCUUAUUCGCUCCCUGGAGAUGGAGGAGAGAGAGCACAGAGGACAGCAGGAUGGAGGAGUGAAGGAGAAGGUGGUGAAACUCAGUGUCCAAUCAGGAGUGAGCAGUUCUUUCACCGCCUUCAUUGCCGUCAACAAAGACAACAGCAAAGUGAUUCAAGGACCUCUUGUGCGCAGAAAUAUUCCAACACCCUGUUAUGCCUCCUUGAGUAUACCCAAGGCAUAUUACUUAGUUGGUGGUUCCAUGGAAAUGGAUGAUUCCUUGCCCAGGAGAGCAAACAAUGAGAGAGAAGUUCCCUCAGAGAUGGAGAAAAAGAGCAGAAGAGGAAUAAGAGAUGUUAAAUUUAAAGUGUUCAGCCUAUUCAAGCUAAAGCGUGCUCCCAGGCCCAUGGCUGCUGUGCCCGAUCAGCCUCCCAGAGACCCUUUGCUGCAGUUAGUCUCCCUCCAGGAGGCGUCUGGCUGCUGGCUGCUUGAUCCAGCUCUGGCUGCUGCACUGGGAAAGAGCAGCAAGGAGGUGGAAAAGUCAAAGCCUGCAAAGGCCAACAGUGAAGUGUGGGCCACCAUUCUGGCUCUGAUCUGGCUUCAUGGUUUAAAGAUGGAUGCAAAGGACGAAUGGGAGCUUCUGGCUAUGAAGGCUACAUCAUGGCUCCGUGCUCAGAAUGCACCAUGUGUGACAGAGUGUGUGGAAGCUGGAAAUGUCCUGUUAGGCUGCAGCGUGAAGAAAGAAGCUCUGAGGCUCUGAGGGAUUUCUUCACGUGGCUUCACCUUCAGGACUGAUGAACAGAAGCAGAUCUACUCUCACCAUACUGCCUUUGAUUCAGUGCUGUUUCAUAUUAUCUGCCCCUUUAUAGUUAUGUGUAGCCCGUCUACCAUAUAAGUAAAUAACGAUGUUAUUUAGAUAGAUAGAUAGAUAGAUAGAUAGAUAGAUAGAGAGAGAGAGAGAGAGAGAGAGAGAGAGAGAGAGAUAGAUAGAUAGAUAGAUAGAUAGAUAGAUAGAUAGAUAGAUAGAUAGAUAGAUAGAUAGAUAGAUAGAUACUUUAUUGAUCCCAAAAGAAAUUAGGGAAUCUAAUCUAUCUAUCUAUGGAUUCUUUAUUGUUGAUUGUAUUUGAAGUUUGCACCUAAUUUGGAUUUAUGACUGUAAAAAAUGUCAGAACUACUCUGAGUACUGUGGUGUAUUUUUAUCAUUUUGACAUCAGUAUUUACUAUCAAUAUUUUAUAUCAUGUAUUGUUACAUAUAUUAAUCACACACACUCGAUUAAUGGUCAC